UUCGUCGCUGCAGGGUCUCGGUUCCCCCUCGCUUAGGCCCGAGGGCUGGCAGCCGCCGCUGCCUCAGUGGAGCAACGCGCAGAUCUCAGAGCACUACAGCACCUGCAUCAAACUCUCCGCCGAGAACAAAAUCACCACCAAAAACGCCUUUGGGCUUCACCUCAUCGAUUACAUGACCGACAUCCUCAAGCAGAAGAACUCGGAGCUCACCAACUUCCAGGUGGCAGCCGGGACUUUGGACGCCAGCGCCAAAAUCUACGCCGUGCGCGUGGAUUCCGUCCACGCCGACACCUUCAGGGUCCUGGGCCACCUUGGCAAGGAGCCCGCCCCUGCCAGGGAGCCACACAGCCCCGGGGAAGGAUCCAGCCCAAACCCUCAAGCCCCCACCAAGCCCCAACCCAAGAAGAAACAAAACUUCAAAACCAUCGAGCAGAACCUGAGCAACAUCAACGCCCCCGACUCCGGCCGGCGCUCCGAGGUGGAUCCCAUGUUCCAGAGAGCCGCUGCUUCCUUUGACGAGUGCAGCACGGCCGGGAUUUUCCUGCCGGGGCUGCGCUCCCGGACGUUCCGGAGCCGCCUCCUUUUCCCGUCGGAGCUGAUCCCGCUGCCCUCCUCGGAUAUCCCGGAGACUCCCAGCUCCCGGCCCCUCGUCGUGCCCGCGCUCAGAGCCCUGCUGGCCCCGUGCCUGGAAAAACGCCGGAUCUGCUCCUCCCUGGCCGGAUUCCAGUUCAGCACCUGGGACCAGGAGUCCCACAACGAGUCGGUGUCGGCGCUCUCGGUGUCGGCGCUCCUGGAGAAGUUCCGCAGGAGCGAGCAGGUGUUCGAUCCCAACCUGGAUCCCGACAGCGAGGACGGCGAGGGCUGGGGCGGCCCCUCCCCCCCGGAAUUCCAGCCGGAUUCUCCGGCCGGAGACGGCAGCCAGGAUUCCCGGGAUAACGGCAAUUCCCUGGGGACACUCGGCCAUGGCAAGAGGAGCGCGGGGGCUCCCUCCGGAGCGGGGCCGCUGGAGCUCUCCGUGUCCCUGGCGCUGCAUCCCGGGGAAUAUUCCUACUUCAGCCCCCGCACGCUCUCCAUGUGGGCCGGGCCCCAGCACUGGAGAUUCCGGCCCCGACGCCACCCAGCCGCAGACUCAGAGAAGGAUUCCCGGCGGAGAAUUCCCAGGAAACUUUUCCAGUUGGAUUUCCAGGAGGACGUCGACUUCCAGCCGCAUUUCCAGAAGCCCAAGGUCUCGGUGACUCUGGGCAGAUCCGUCGGGAGCAGCCGGAGCCUCCGGAGCACGACGCUCCCCGCGGAUUUCAACUACGAACCCCGGAGCCUGGCCCAGCUCUUCCUGAAACCCCGCGUCACCCUCGGCCGGAGCUCGGAUCCAGCGGGAGCCCUGGAGAGCGAGGCCGGCAUCGAGGAUUACGACUACGACAAUCCCAACGACACCUCCAACUUCUGUCCCGGCCUGCAGGUCCCGGACAGCGAUGACGAUCCCGAUCCCGAUCCCACGGAAUUCCCGGGCCAGGCCGGGCUCUUCCAGCUCCCGGCUCAUCCCGAGGCUCCGGAGAAUUCCGGGAUCGGCGGCGGGAACAUCCCGGGCUGUGGGGAGCUGGAGCUGAUCGCUGAGCCCCAGAAGAUCCAUAAAAUCCCGAUCCAAUACGCCAAGGCCGCCAAGAGGAUGGACAUGAGGAGGCUGAAGAGGAACAUGUGGGAGCUGCUGACGGAGCAGGAGGAAGGGGCCGGGGAAGGGCCGGACACGGCGCUGACCGAAGAGAAAGUCCUGAGUGAGCUGACCCGGGAUCUGCUGCACAGGCUCCCUCCCGCCAUGGCCACCAACCUGUCGGUGCCCUUGGCCUUCGUGUGCCUCCUGCACCUGGCCAACGAGAAGGGCCUGAGGCUGGAGAGCACCGAGGAGCUCUCGGACAUUCGGGUGUGCCCAGGUCCCUGAGCCGGGAAUUCCGGGAAUUCCGGGAAUUCCGGGAAUUCCAGGAUCCGAAAUCCGGGAAUGCGGCGGUGUCCCGGAUCCCGAUCCGGCCGGGAUUGGGAAUUCCUGCGCCUCACUGAGCCUGCUCCGUCCCGGGAACUCCGGGUUAUCCCAAAUUUCCUGUUUAUCCCAAAUUCCCUUUUUAUCCCAAAUUCCCUUUUAUCCCAAAUUCCGUUUUUA